GUCGCUAUCAGUCUCGUACUAAUACUUCUCUCUCCCGCAGCGGCUAUAACUUAUUCUUCAUCUGCAACAGCACCGGCCUCUAAAAUACAGAUAUCCGACAUUGAAACAGCCAACCAUUUAUUCAGAGACACCGUCUGUGCCGCCUUAUCAUCGGUACCGACAUACAACACAGCCGAGACGAUCUCGAGGAGGAGUGAUUUUAUCACCCCCAGCGAUCGUUCAGUCCGAUAAACCUAGCGCAUGACCUUGCUCCAUGUCUACUUUGCACUACGCAAGCAGCAAUCCUUUCACCGCCUGCUCAAUGGCGGUCCUGGACAACCUUCCACAUCUGUCAGCACCAGCAGCGGAAAAUCAUGGAAGCGCGCGGGGGUACUGAACAGAGGAAUGGCCCUCGAAAUAAAUGCUCUCGAUACCCUUGGCAGGUCAGUCCUGCACCUGGCAUGCAGCUCCACUGAGACUUCAAGCCUGGAAUAUGUCCGCAUGCUCCUCGCCCACCCAGCUAUCAACGUGAACAUACUGGACAAGGAGAGUCAUUGGACGCCCUUACAUAGGGCGCUAUAUGCGGGAAAUAUCUCUGCUGCGAUCCUUCUUUUGAAGCGCCUGGAUAUCGAUACCUCCAUCAAGGACUUAGAAGGCUAUACUGCACAUGACCUCUACAACUCAACUGUGAAAUCUGCAAAGCCCACUGAGGACGAAGAGACUCUUGCCGAACUGUUUACCUGGGGUACAAACAGAAACGCAGCAUUGGGGCUGGGCGAUGGAAAUGACAGGGCAUAUCCAGAUGAGGUCGUCAUUCCCCGUAAGGACGAUGUAGCACAUCAGCACAACAGGUCCCUCGACGACCGCUUCGCCCCAAUUCACGUCCGGCAAGUGUCAAUGUCCAAGCUUCAUACAGUUGUACUCACUUCCGAGCCUCGGGAUAACAUCCGUGUGUGCGGCUUUGGCGGUGGAGGACGUUUAGGGCCAAGUCAACAUACACAGUAUGCCCUCAUGCCUCUUCCCGACAUCAAACACACCAUUGAAUCCGUUGCGCUUGGCCAAGACCACACCCUCGCGCUCACUUCAACUGGAGAAGUUCUCACAUGGGGACUAAAUCGCUUCCAUCAGCUUGGAUACGUCAUUGAGGUCUCAUCCUCGGCUAAACAAGAUGAGCAUAUCCAGGCUACACCACGAAAAGUCGGCUCAUUGAGGAGAGAGUUUGUCAAAGGUGUUGCAGCGUGCAAAACCGCUUCUGGUUGCUGGACAGAUACGGAAGUAUGGACGUGGGGCACGAACGGCGGGCAACUUGGGUACGACAAGGCGCUAGUGCCCGUCCAAGUGCUCCCUCGUAAAGUCUCCAGUAUAGUGAAGCCUGUUCGCGCAAUAGUGAUGACGGAAACCCUCAUGGCAUGUCUACUUCUCACGGGCGAAGUCUUGUGUGCUUGGUCUGGAGGGAUUUCCAAGAUUAGUUUCCCCACUCAGAGAUUCCCUUCAGAGAUCUCUGUUUAUCGCCCCCCGCAAGCAAUCAAGGGUCAGACCAUCACAAAGCUCAGGAGCUGUGAUGACACCAUCGCCGCCCUCUCAUCGAAUGGGGAAGUAUUCACGUUUACUUCACAACCUAUUGGAGAAGUCGAUUCCGCAAAGAGUUCCCCUGCUUUCAAGCCUCAACGUAUAUGGGCCCUGAGACGUCAGUUCAGUGCGGUGCAGGACGUUGAUAUUGGGGCCGAUGGAACUGUCAUAGUCUGCACUCAGUCUGGACAUGUUUACGUCCGCUUGCGGAGCGCCAAGGGAGGUCAGGGUUCCGGUGCCAAAGCAUUCAAAUUCCAGCGCAUACCGUACAUACAGCGUGCUGUUGCUGUCUGUGCAAACAGCACAGGGGCGUUUGCGGCUCUGCGCGUCGAUUUUAAACCACUUCCCAUCCACGUCACUGCACAUUCAUUUUCAUGUGAUAUUACUAAGAUCCAACCAUACCUAGGUCCGUCAUCGCGUGCGGAGGCACUGUCUGCCACACCAAACAUGGCGACACCUCUCUUGGAUGCUGAUGAAGAUGGCGAGGACGCGUUGAUCCUGGACGAUAUCGGAGAUCUAUCGAAGUUACUCCAGGUUCUAGACCAACGCAAGAACGCGCCAGAUAUCGUCUUGCCCUAUAAUGCCGACGUGGUUGUUGUCACCCCUGGUCCACUGCACCUUCCAGCUCACCGACUCAUUCUCGCUGUGAGAUGUCCAGUAUUGGGCAACAUUUUGCAUACCGGACAACCAUUAAAUGAUAAAUCUUCAGGGAUUGAGGUCAGUCUCGUCCCAGGAGACAGGAUCCACAUUCAAAUCAUUGGAUGUCAUCCGUUCACAGUCCUUAUUCUCCUUCGAUACUUCUACUCGGACCAGCUCCUCGCUAUUUGGGAUUUACGCAUCGGAACCCCCUUUAUGUCCCAAUUUCAAACAUUUGCUGUGAAACCUGUAGCAAUCAAGGCGGAACUUCAAUCACUUGCACGUAUAUUCAAUCUUCAGCUUCUUUUGAAAGCACUUCAAUCGCCAGGGAAGCGAAUCCCCACUCCUUCACAGGCAGAAGACUUCCGCCUGCUCUACCAGAAAACCCAGUUAACCGGUCAUUUACGGAAUAAUACAAGAGAAGACUCCCUUGCGCCCGACGUCGCGCUCCACCUCGCUGACCAGGUCAUCGUUUGGAGUCAUUCAGUGGUGCUACAAGCUCGCUGUCAAUUCUUCGCCAGCUUCUUUGAAAAUAGUGUGUGGACAUCUAAGCGUCGUGAUAAAUCGGGUAUCAUCGACAUUGAUCUCAAGCACUUGGAGUGGCAGGUCAUGCAAUAUGUCGUUCGAUGGAUGUGUUAUGGAGACGAGAACUUGUUUGAAUCCCUUGACUUUGUGCAAGGGGUAGAUGACGUGCUAUCCUUCAUGUUCUCUGUUCUUUCCGCAGCGAACGAACUUCUACUCGAUCGCCUGAUGCUUCUAUGUUCACAAGUCAUUUUGAAGUAUCUCGAUGUUUAUAAUGCGUGCUAUUUGCUCGCUGAUGCAACGCACAUCAACGCGACCCAUCUCGUUGAACGUUUGCAAAGUUACAUCACUGCAAAUCUGGAGAUGAUGCUAGAGGGUAGCAUGUUCGAGGACCUUGACAUUUCCAUUGUGCGGCAACUUUCCAAGUACAUCCGCAGCGCACAGAUGACAAAGUCUCCGGUCUCUCGUUCUAACCUGCUGGCAAACGAAGCGCUACGGAAGCACGCCGGAUGGCUUGCUCGACAGGAUAUUCCAGUCGUGUUUGAACCUGUAGACAGGCCACAGGUUCACAGGGAUUCUCCAAAGUCAUUGACUGCGAGCCCAAUGAAGACUCGCCCGAUUUCAAGUCUGUCUGUGCAUCCGGCAGCAGAUUCGCCCAAGGCCACUGAUACUGGACCGUCAGGAGACGAGUUGUUCGUGAUGGACGAAGUACCUUCGUCGGAUACUCCUAAUCAUCAGGUACCUGUGGUUGCUGAACUGUCUGGAUCGGUACCGGUAUGGAAACGGUCCAUCUCCACUCCCAGGACCGAUCUCAAGGCCAUUAUGGCAGAGGCUGAGAACACCAAGAUAUCCGGUGUUCCAAACAGAGCAACACACGGUGCUAUGGCCAAACCUAGUCAGGAGUCUUUGAAACAGGUAGCUACGCCAAAGCGUAGGACCGUGAGCUCAUCGCUGAAGCCUGAUGCAUCACUGACACCGCGUCGAACGCCGUCUGAUCUUGACUUGGGGAAGUCUUCGCUCCCCGAAUCAUCCGCCGCCACGAAGCUAACGCAUGCGAGAACACCUCAGCGGCCGGUUCCUCAAGCCGUAUCUUCAUCUUCAAAGUCCCAGCCGAAUGCAUCUUCACUCGGCCCUGUCUUUUCCCCCGUUCGACAGGUGCCUUCGACGUCCAGCUUACCAGGUCCCCGACGUGUUUCAAAUACGGGUGCCGCAUGGACACUUCCGCCUGUUCAGCCAGUGGUGCAACCGAGCGUUACAGAAUCAUCCUCACUUUCAUUUGCUGAGAUACAACAAUUACAGCUUCUGCAGGGCAUGCCUGCGUCCAAGGACAAGCGAUCGCUUGUCGAGAUUCAAGAAGAGGAGCGAGCCAUUCAACUAGAGGCAGACUUCAUGAAAUGGUGGGCAGCGGAAGAGGCGCGUACUCGAGCAGAAGCGCACAGUGCUCCUGAAACGCAAACGCAACGUGCUACUCCUUCUAGGAGUAAGAAUAGAGGGGGGAAGAAGCGAUCUUCCGGUGCUCGCUCGAAGCCUGGUGAAACGCACCCUGCUCAUGGUUCUAGCCGUUCCAAGGAGGGGGGAAAGCACUCCAUGGUACCGGCAACUGACGGUGCAAUGCCGCAGGCUGGAGGAUCUGGCCCGAAGAGUCGAAAGAAACAGGAGGCUGCUAGGACGGCGGUGGAUGAUUCCAUCCAUGUUCAACGGACCAAGGGGCGGUGAACCGUGUAGCAAGCCUCCAGCCAGUUCCCUUAGAGCAAUAGUAUGGACUAUGGGGUCGUUGGAAGGAAAUCGAAGCGAUACCUAAUUGCCUGAAGUCUGAAGAUACGUAGAUGUAUGCGAAUGCCAGGAGCUUGG